UAUGUUGAUGCUUCAAGUUUCAUCAUGCUUCAAGUUUCAACCUUGAAAAAACCAUACUUAAUUCCAAGCUAAUUACCAUUCUACCCAUUCCUUUAUUACUACCUACCUUCAUUACCCUUUUGUUCUACUUCCACAUCUCUCUCUAUAUAUCAAUCUCCAUGAUGUUAUUGUCUCCCACUCUCCCAAACAAAAUUUCAUUCACAAGCAAACCUUCUAUUUUUUAUACCAUAAACAAAUAAAAACCCUUUUUUUAUUUAUUCAAUCAAUAAACUCAUUCUCAUUUUUUCUUUAUAUUUAUUAUUCAACCAUCUUAAUUAAUUAUCCUCCUUCUUCGAUCUACUCUACUUGUUUCUCACUUUCAGAGCUCUACACUUAUUUUUUUCUUCUUCUCUGAACCCUAAAUUAUUAUUCAAUGGUUACCAUUACGAACUAGUAAGAAAAAUUAAGAAGAAUAGAGAGAUAAAUUUUUUGUGAUUGAAAAAAUGCGUGUGAAGGAAAUGCACCCGUUGUGCUGCAUCUCAUUGGAGAGUCCAGGGAUCGGAAGUAAUUCACCAGAGUCAUACACGGCGGCGCUUUCGAGGGCGAGGAGUUUACCGGCGAGUGGAUCUGACUGCAUUGUUCGCCGUGGAGGAUCAGAAGCCACGGUUGCCGGAGUUCUUUACAAAUGGACUAAUUACGGCAAAGGAUGGAGAUCCCGAUGGUUCCUCCUCCGCAAUGGCGUACUUUCUUACUCCAAGAUCCGUUCACCGGAGAAUCUCAAUCUGUUCUCUUCAAUCGACGACGUUCACUUAAUCGGAGAUGUUACCACGUCUCGUCUCGCCAGAAUGGAUAGAGACGCCGGAAAUGCUCUUCGCCGUCAGAAGAGUCAUAAACCUUCUUCAUCUUCUUCUCCUUCAGUUGUUCAUCUAAAGAUCUCAUCUUUUAGAGAGAGCAAAUCAGAUGACAGAAAAUUCUACAUAUUCACAGCAACAAAGACACUUCAUUUGAGAACUGAUUCAAGGAAAGACCGUGUAGCGUGGAUACAAGCUUUGGUUUCAACUCGAAGCUUGUAUCCACUAAACGGUCAUCAUCUAUCUCUUGCACCCUAUCAUAUAUCUGUAUCAACCGAGAGGCUGAAGAAACGUUUGCUUGAAGAGGGUAGCAGUGAAAAUCUUGUGAAGGAGUGUGAGCAAAUCAUGCUUGCAGAGUUUUCAGAUUUACAAGAGAAGCUUCAAAUUCUUUGUCAAGAACGAUCUGGUUUGUUUGAUACCAUUAGGCAAUUAGAGGCAGCUAACCUUGAACCCGAGGGAUCUGCUUUGCAUGACAGCGAAUACCAAUUAACAAAGAAUGGAUUUUCCAGUCUAGGGCGUGGAAAAUAUAGCGAAUGCAGUACAACGGAAUCAUCCGAUGAUAUUGAAAAACACGAGGUAGAGGAAGUGUCAGAAGAAGAUGAAAUCUCAUAUUAUGAUACUAGAGACUAUUUUUCAGACUCUGGUUUUAGGUGUGGGUCAAAAGGAGCACCAAAUCGAGUGAACAUGUCUGCGGAAGCUGUUAAACAAGGCAUUGAUAUGGAAAAUAGUCAUGUUGAGACAAUGAUGUAUGAUGAUUAUGGGUAUCCUCAGAUAGUAAGGCGGAAAAAGCUUCCGGAUCCUGUUGAGAAGGAGAAGGGCGUUAGUCUUUGGUCCAUGAUCAAAGACAAUGUGGGCAAAGAUCUCACACGCGUUUGCCUUCCAGUAUACUUUAAUGAGCCAAUAUCAUCCCUUCAGAAAUGUUUUGAGGAUUUGGAGUACUCCUAUCUUCUGGAUAGAGCAUAUGAGCAUGGGAAAAAGGGAAACAGUCUCCUUCGGGCAUUGAACGUUGCUGCCUUUGCUGUUUCUGGAUAUGCAUCAUCAGAAGGUCGUCAUUGUAAGCCCUUUAAUCCCUUGUUAGGGGAAACUUACGAAGCCGACUUUCCUGACAAAGGAGUUCGCUUCUUUUCUGAGAAGGUUAGUCACCAUCCAACAGUGGUUGCCUGCCAUUGUGAAGGUAGAGGAUGGAGGUUUUGGGCAGACAGUAACAUUCAUUCAAAGUUUUGGGGAAGGUCAAUUCAACUUGACCCAGUUGGAGUUCUGACCCUAGAGUUUGAUGAUGGUGAAAUAUUUCAGUGGAGCAAGGUUACUACUACAAUAUAUAACCUUAUCCUUGGCAAACUAUAUUGUGAUCAUCAUGGGAAUAUGGAAAUCCGUGGUAAUCGCCAGUAUUCCUGCAGGCUCAAGUUCAAAGAGCAGACGCUUCUUGACCGAAAUCCUCGCCAGGUGACUGGAUUUGUUGAAGAUACAAUGGGAAAAAAAGCAGCCACAUUAUUUGGCAAAUGGGAUGACAGCAUUUAUUAUUUUGAUGGUGAUGUGAAUGUCAAACCUAAAGAUUACACUUCGUCAAAUGGAACAUUGUUGUGGAAAAGGACUAGGCCACCACCAAAUCUGACUCGGUACAACUUGACAUCAUUUGCCAUCACACUGAAUGAGCUUACCCCAGGACUAAAGGAGAAGCUUCCACCCACGGAUUCCAGGCUGAGACCUGAUCAACGACACUUAGAGAACGGGGAAUUCGAGAAGGCAAAUAUGGAGAAACAAAGAUUGGAAAAGAGACAAAGAAUGUCAAGGAAAAUGCAAGAAAAUGGUUGGGAACCUAAGUGGUUUCGCAAAGAAGGUGAAAAUGGAACGUUUAGAUAUACCGGUGGAUAUUGGGAAGCAAGAGCUGUAGGAUCAUGGGAUGGAUGCCCAAAUAUAUUUGGUGAAUUUCAAGAAAGCAUAAUUGAUCCUUUUGAUGCAUCUUGAUUUUUGUUCAGAUGGAUGACAGUGAAUGCAUGCAAAUUAAUUAGUCGGUGGAGGGUUUAUCUUAAACCUUCUUGCAUGGCAACAACUUUUUUUUAUUGAAUGGAAGAGAUAUAUAGCAGCCAUUUGGUAUCUUUGAAAAUGAGGAUUUUUGCAGCUAUGGUUGGAAAGGUUUUGUGAAUUGAGAUUGUACUGUGACAAAAACAAUAAGGAAGGGAGUACCAGAAAUAACUUCAAGCAAUUCUAUCUCAAAGUUGCUUUUCUAAAAUUAAAUGACUUCAAUCGUCUAUGGCUGCUGAAGUUGUAAAUUUCUUAAACAAAAGGACCACCUAGCUUUGCACGUGCACAACUCUUUGCUCUGGUCCCAAUGAAAACCACAAACCGAGGCUGCAAUUACUCCACUAAAUGAGAAUAUAUAUGAGCAAAGAAUUAAGCUUAGCAAAAAACAGUUUUUAGAUUAGGAUGUUUUCUGUGUUUAUUGUGAUAGUCUUAUUCUUGUUUUUUAAGUUUUGUUAGUAUGUAAUUAUUUGGGCUAUUAAUUUAUGUAAUAUUAUCUUCUCUUUAAUCUUGAUAUAACUACUGACAUGGCCGAAAGGCUAUAUAUCGAUUUAUUUUA